GUUUUCUAGUUGUAAUGUACGAUUUUCUCCUCGCAUCCAAUUCGCUACUUCAACUUUCUUAUUCUUUUUCAUUGUUCCGCAAUUGCCGAAUCAAGUGCGCUCCGCAUUGCGGAGAAAGAGAUUGCCGAUAUCGGAGUGCUUGUCUUAUAAUCGAACCGUCCAGUCAUAGAACCACGUCAGUCCGCUUCUCUUCCGCAAGUUGGUUUGAUAGAUAGUCACCGAAUUUACGUUCGUAGUUUGAACGAUCCCGCAUAACCUCACAUCUGACGACAUGAGAAAUAGUUCUAACAAGUCGGUGUUUUUCAAAAUGUCUCCGAUGUCUAACACGGAACAUCAAAAGACAGAAAUUAGUGACAGCCCCGUAGGAGGCAGCUUUAAAUCGGUUCUGCUCAGAUGGAGAAGAAGCGUUUAUCAGCUAAUUUGGAAGCAUCUUUUCAUAUACGCAUUAACUUACAUAUUGCUGAGCAUUUUGUAUCAAUUCAUCCUUAAUGAAGAUGGGAAAAAAAAUUUUAGGGUAUUAGCUGAACAUUGCUCCGGCUACUCCCGUAGCAUCAAUUUGAUGAUCAUGUUAGGUUUUUUCACAUCGACUACUAUGCAACGUCUCUUCAAUAUGCAAAUAACGAUACCUGGAACAGCCAAGUCCAUCACAAUGUUUAUCUUAUCUUUGAAACCAGGAUUACCUGAAGGACCUAUCAUCAUCGAGAAAUAUGCCAGAUGGCAAGUCCUGACUUGGGUUUUAACUUUUCGUCUCGUUUGUAAACCCCUGCGGGCAAUUUAUCCAGAUCUUAUGUCUCUACAAAAUGCAGGAUUACUAACACAUGAAGAGAGGAAAGUCAUGGAAAACCCAGAACUUACCAGCAAUACCACACCGCAUCCUCUCAUUGUUGUGGAUUGGAUGCUGUUAUUGCUGAAAGAAACUUUCUUAAAAAGUAGAUACUUUUCUGAAAUCAAUCACCUUAAGAACGUAGAGAUAAUCAUGGCAUUUAAGAAGAGCUGUGGCAAUACCAUCAAAUUUGCAACCCAGAACAUUUCACCCGCUCUCAUUCAGGCUGUCAUCCUAGCAGUUUACGGCUUCGGUUGCAUUACUUUAAUGGCUCGAAAUUUCAGCAAAGAAGAUGCACCGAUUUCUGACGCUGUAGUUGCCUACAUCCCUCUCAUGCCCGGACUACAGUUCUUUGUUUACUUUGCUUGGCUUUGUUUCGGGAGAGCUGCGGUUGAUCCCUUCGGGGAUGACGAGGAUGACAUCAACGUCAAACAGCUCGUGCAGUCACACAUCGAGGAUUCAAUGCGGUUAAGGGAUCUCUACAGUCGACAAUUGACGGACGUUUUCCCAAAAUUGGUAAACCAAUCCUUUUCAGUUGUUCUUUACUGUUUCCGAUUAAAAAUCACUAUCCCGGAAAACAGGAAGCUCCAAUCGAACUGUGACAUCGAUCGGAUUAACUUCCCAUGAAUAAACACGAAUUUCGUGAGGUCAGUGCUACAUGAUACACUGCCUUAAUGAGACAUCAACUAGGGUUCCAGAACAGUGCCUUUCCACAGCACAUUGUUUUCGUUUCCUUCGCUGCAAUGUAGAGUACCAGGAACGACAAAGCACUUUCCAACUUGCCAAAAGGAUUUCCUUGUGUGCCAGUUGUCUGGUGAUUUAUUUCUCGUUUGUCUUUUUAAUCCAUACGUGAUACUUUUUCCUUCACAUAUUGUAUAUAAGCAUAUAAUGCCAUUCCUAACUAGUUUAUCUACUACCCCAAAGUUUCACGCUACUUUAUGGUUUUCCGAUGUAAAAUUGGUGCAUUAAGCAAGUGUAACAACAAAGGUGAAUGAAUAAGUAUUACAUCUUCAUACCUCUGUUAAUGGUACAAUGCCAUUCUGAA